GUAUUCACAAGAUUCCACACUGAAAUAGGAAAUCCUGCGCAUCCUGGUUUAUAUCCUGAUUUGGGAUCACCGUUCGUCUAUCCUCUGAGUUUUAAAGAAAGGGUGACAAGUACGAUCUACUACCUAUAUACAAUGUUAUUCUACGAUUACUUUAGUUUUCCUUUGAAGAACAAAUUUAUGGCCAAGUUUUUCAACACUACUUCAACAAUAAACGAGUUAUUGGACAACGUCGACAUGCUUUUCCUUAAUGUGAAUCCAGUUUUGCAACAUGUUAGAGCUAUUGGUCCCACUACAAUCAAUAUCGGUAGUAUGAGAGAUAAGUCUGCCAAACCUCUAUCUCAGGACAUAAAAAAUUUCUUGGACAGUGCUGCCAACGGUUUUAUCUACUUCAGUUUAGGAAGUAACGUUAAAAGCAAAGAUCUCCAGGCGGAGUCUCUAAGCGCUAUCCUUGAGACUUUGGGUGAAUUGCCCUAUAAGGUACUAUGGAAAUUUGAAGCAGAUACGUUACCUGGUAAACCAGAUAAUGUGAAACUAAUAAAAUGGGCGCCCCAGCUUGGUAUAUUAGCUCACCCAAACAUAAAGCUAUUCGUAACUCAAGGAGGUUUGCAAUCGAUGGAGGAGACAAUUCAUAAUGAAGUUCCAUGUGUUGUAAUACCUUUCUUUGGUGAUCAGGAGCAAAAUGCUAGGUUGAUGAAUAAUAAAGGUUUUGCUAUAAAAGUUGGAAGACACCCGUACGUAAAGAAAAAGGAACUCAAGAAUGCCAUUGUUGAAGUGAUUAAUAACCCAAAAUACAAAAAUUCAGCGCGCAGGCUCAAACAACUCUCCCUAGACACACCAAUGACAGGUUUAGAGCAGGCCAUAUGGUGGACCGAAUACGUCAUCAGAAAUAAGGGCGCUAAGCAUUUAAGGAAUCCUGCAGCUGAUUUACCCCUAUAUCAGUAUUACCUCUUAGAUGUUAUAGGUUUCCUAAUUUCAGUAACAGUGAUUACAUCAUCAAUUCUCUUUAUUUUGUUUAAGAAAGUCUAUUACUUAUUUAAAGCUCAUCUAGUGGGUAGACUAGAUAUAACAAAGAAAAAAUCACAAUAGGCUUUAAGCGAAUUUUAUAAUUGACUUUUAUUUAUUGAUGACAAUUUUUUAGUUUUUCACAUCUAGCGACAGAACAUUAAGAGGAGAAAAAGGAUUAACUAGUUAGUGACAUAGGUCACGAUAAGUAUUAUGUAAAGUUUUAAAUUUUGAAAUUAAA